AGUAGUAGUAUUUCUUUGAAGUGGUGAUGUUACUCAAGUGUGCUACGAAAUUGUACAAAAUUAUUUUGAAGUAACGCAAGGGGCACACUUAUUUUUAUGUGAUUAUAUCAGACAAUACAUGCAUUAUGAUUCUUUUAAUGCCCUAGCUAUAAGAUAGGUGGUAUACUUUGCGGGUUAUUUUAGUAUUCGGUGACAUUUUAGUGAAGUGCCUAAUUUGAACAUGGAGGCUAUAGCCAAACACGAUUUCACAGCAACUGCUGAUGAUGAACUUAGUUUUAGAAAGAAUCAGGUUCUCAAGAUACUAAAUAUGGAGGACGAUAUGAAUUGGUACAGAGCUGAAUUAGACGGUAAAGAAGGGCUCAUACCUAGUAAUUAUAUUCAAAUGAAGAGUCACAAUUGGUAUUUUGGAAAAAUUACAAGAGCAGAUGCUGAGAAAUUGUUAGCAAAUAAACCAGAGGGUGGUUUUUUGAUAAGAAUCAGUGAGUCCAGCCCUGGUGAUUUUUCACUUUCUGUCAAAUGUCCAGAUGGAGUGCAGCACUUCAAGGUCUUAAGGGACGCAUCCAGCAAGUUUUUCUUGUGGGUGGUGAAAUUCAAUUCGCUCAACGAACUAGUAGACUACCACCGCACCGCAUCCGUCAGCCGCUUGCAAGACGUCAAACUGAAAGAUGUUGUACCCGAAGAGAUGUUGGUGCAAGCGCUAUAUGACUUCACGCCGCAGGAGGCGGGCGAGUUAGAGUUCAGGCGCGGUGACGUCAUCACAGUCACCGAUCGCUCCGAUCAACAUUGGUGGCAGGGCGAGAUAGCUCAGAGACGCGGCUUAUUUCCCGCGUCGUACGUGACCGCGUACCACUCAUAGUGUUAUAGCGUUCGCCCACCACUCUCUACCGCUACGUGUCCCACGAUUCACGACCCUACUGUAUAGGUACGCUCAUAUCACUACGCAAGGACGCUUAGUACGUAAUGACGCCCGUACACGUACUAAUCGUACGAAUUAACGUGUCAAGAUCUAUUCUGUUUCUGCGAAAACGAAAUUUCGUAUAUUUUCGACACACUAAUACGACCACAAAUAAAUUUUUAAUAAUUUGUGAUGCAACGGAGGUAAACGCUGACAUUACUUCUGAUGCACAGAUAAACUUCACGGAUUUGAUUUUAACAAAAUAGUAAGAAUGAUACGAAAUUUUCUGAAUCUUGUGUUCGAGAACAAAUAGAGAAUAGGUCUUCCGGUGUCAUAAUUCGUACGAGUAGUAUACGAUAUAGCGCGCACGUUUACACUCGCACUCUAUCUGUGGGCGCGUUUUAACCAUCAAGUAUUUUGUAGCCUAAAAUUCGUAAUUUAUGGUAAAGAAAUGAUGAGAUGCCAAGGCAUGUAAGAAUUGUUUACCUAUUGUAGAGAUGUUGGUAGUGUUCUAAUUUGUUGGUUGUAAUCUUUUAUUUAACUAUGUAUUUUUCAACAUAGCUUAGUAAAUUAAAAAGUAGUUCAACUUUUGAAAAACAUUUUUUUUAGUUAAAAGGAAAUUUAGAAAAAUAUUAGAAACCAAAUACAAAGAUUUAUACAUUACUAAGAUUAUGCUAUAAGAUAUCAAACGGAUACAUAGAUUAAAAAAAAAAUAAGAGCACUACUGCUAUCUAUGGACAAAGAGAACGGAAUUCGUGACGUAUAAUGUAUUCGAAAACGGCCUCCUGUACCAAAUGCUUUGGGUACACCAAAACGCGCCCUAAGAGUAAAGUGUGUAUAAAUGUUUUUGCGAUCUAUGAAUUUUACAAGCUUUUUACUUGUACGUGUCUAAACUUGCGCCUUUAUCGUUAGUGUACGCAGCACUUAACGUUGUUUUCAUGCCACACAAACCUGAGGUGACUAUUGUAAUAAUUCAUGUCACAUUUCGAUUGGUUAGGGAAGUCGAAUAAAAAUUGCAGUGCGACUUCUUUAAACACUCGUGGUAUCUAGUCUUCAUACUAUUUACAUUGGAUGUUUCUGUUAAUAGGAAUAUAUAGGUGCUGUUUUAUCAAUAUCAUCAUGUCCAAGCGCUUCUCAAAAACUGCCCAUAUUAAUAAGUAUCGUUAUUUUUAAACGGGAAUUAAUUAUGAAAAGAAUAGAGUCUAAUAUUCCUAAAGAAAAAGUUAAUGUAAAUAGUAGGAAGUGGCCGUCAAUUUAGCGCUAAGACGUAUUCAAGUCCCGGUUUGUUUCCACAACAUGGUGCUUCGUUUCCUACGAUCGAUGUUUAGUUUACGGCGUUUAUACACGGUGCGAGUAACAUGCGCAUCCCGUCACUUGCGCAGGUGAUAUGCAUAUUCUAAACUUACGUGUAAACUUGACACUAAUGUGCGGGUCCAGUGACUCGUGUGCUAAUGCUAGCUUUGUGCGCCAGUCGCUCGCACGUUUACUUACUCGAGCUAGUUGCACCGUGUAUAACGGCCAUUAGGGAGAGUAGCUACGUGUCGGUCCGCUCGGCGGCGGAUCUAUUUGCCUUAAUUUAUGCAAUACGAAAUGAUGUUUUGGUAGUACAAAAAAUAUAUAUAGUGCAGUGUUGCGUUUUGGUGUUCUGUGACGAAUUUAUAAUUGUAUUCUCUCAAUAUUUUGUAAUCGUGACAUGUUGCAUUUGCCAUGCAGCAAUCUUGUCCUUAAUUACGUGCCAGAAUGUUAUUUGUAGUUUUUUUUUUUUAUAUUAAAUAUGUUUAUUUAGUAAUAAUAUAAAGGUAAAGGGAUCAAGUCGGUUCUAACUGACAUCUCUCUCUCUCUCUCCACAUAUAUACACACACAUGUUUAGGUUUUGUCUCGAUGUGAUUUUUAAAGUAUGACCAUUAUUUAUCCUAUUUUAUUAGUGUAUAAUGCUCAUUUUAAAAAUAUUUACCAUUUACAUGUUAGUUAAGUAAAUAGUUUUUAGUUCAUUUUAUACAUUUCGAACUUUUUUUUUAAUUUUUGGCAUACAAAAAAAUGUAAUCUGGUACCGAUAGUCACGUAGUAUGUAACUCCGAAAGCUAAGGUCGUCUAGUAUUAGGAUCGGACUAUUUUUGUGUUACGCACAAUAUUCUGAUGCCCGAUAAUUCAAUGUUUGGUCAAUUUAUUAUUUUAUAUGACAAUGUUUUGAUAUGAUAGAAUGUACAUACAUGGAGGUUUUAUAACAAUGAAUAUUAUUAUAUAAAUAUGUGUAACAUCGUGCUGUAUCGCUUUUGAUGUGUUUAUUUGAUGAUUUGUUACCGUUUUAGUGUUUUUUAUCAAUUAAUAAGUGAGUAACGAAUAUAAACGAAGUCGUCUUAAAAAAAUGAAUAAUGUAAAUUAAAUUAAUACAGUUUUUUUAUAGUAAAUUUUGACGAUGGUAGUGUUUAGGCUCCUGAAUGAUAAGAUUAUGGUCUUUAUUCCGAUGUGAUUAUGUAAUUAUUGGCACUAGAAUUGUGUCAUUGUACUUAGUUAGAGUAAAACACUUAGUCAAGACUUGAAAUGGAUAAAAACUUUGAGUGCUCGUUGAUCCAAUGUAGAUAUUUAUUUUUGUUAUUGUAUUGUACCCAAAAUUACUAUAUUUAUGGAACGUACAUGAAUAGAAUUUUAAUCUUAAAAACAAUUGAGGAAACUACUUUUAAGCAUUUUAAAUAUAAAUUGACACUUGACACGUUAGAUGGGCGACAUGUAUCGACGCCGGCGCAGACGGAAAAGACACGACAGACGGCUUUGUAUGUGAAUUAAAUUAUUUUAAAAAGUAACGUUCUAAACUGAUGAAUCUUCAUAUAGCAAACUGUAUAUUUAAUACCUAUAAUCUGUUGUAUCUUCAAGAGCAUUUUACGGUUGUUAUGAUCCAAUGCAAGUAAUUUAAUCACAUAUCGAUUUUGAAAAGUUCCAUGGUGUCAGAUGUUUUAUACAGUAUUGAUACUAACAUAUUUUUUUUUAUUGCGUUAACUAUGAUUCAAAAAUUAAGAAAAAGCUGUAAACUUGUAAUGGUGUCGAACGAGUCCAAGAUUCGUUUGAUGUCUUGUCGUGUCAAAUGUAUGCUGCUGACAAGCAUUGUAGACAAAAAUUACUAAUAUAUGAAAUUAACGCCACCACUUCAUUAUAAAGUGUAGAAAACAAACUGUUCUUAACAAACGCAGAAAGAGGUUAGAAACGCCCAAAGAAUAAAUGCGAAUAUCCUUGUCGUGUCAAAGAAAUAAAAUAAGCAAUAUACGUGUUUAUGUAAGUUCUCUUCCUAAAACCUUGAUAUAUCUUUAAUCAAUUAUAGCUCUUUACAAUAUAACCUUUCAGCAAAGCCUCUUAAAUAUGUAUUACAAUCUUUUUUCUAAAAUCCACGCCUAUCACAAUCAAACUUGCGUAUGUUUGUAAGCUCGUAUCUAUUAUAGUUUCACAUUAAUGGCGACCUAAAUUGGAUCAAGUUGGCGACAUAGGUUCGCAUUCAAAGAAAUAAAGGAUAACGGGUUUGAAUUAACCGCUAAAGGCGCUAAUGUAGCGUGAGGUCUUCAAAAUGUCAAAUAUCAUAUUCUGUUGGUGGACUAAACGCGUUUUUUUUUUUUUCAAAUAAACGAAAUUUUACGCUUAUUUUGGGGUACCUGAUAUUCAUUUAAGCAACUUUGACUUUGACCUGUCAACGAAUGUCAGUGCUUCCAUAAUGGAGCUAAAAAAAAUAGUACAAAAUUAAGCGUUAUGAAAACAGUGCUAAAUCAGAAGUUAGUGUUUAUUGGGCAUGUUCGAUAUUUUGGAUAAAAUGUUCUUUUUAUGUAUUAUAAUGUAUGAUUUAACUUCAAUCUUGUAGUAAACAAAAUUUGACAGGACUUCUCGCGACUGUCGCGCCAUCUAGUGAGCGAAAGAAAACAGUAGCCCUCAUUGUCACUAUUCGUACCUGUGAGAUCUAUGAGUUAUCCUAUAUUUUCCUUGAGCAGUUUGUUGUGCCAAAUUGGCUACGUUAGGAACAGUUUGUUGUAGAGUCAAUGAAUGAAUCGAUAAUAUAUGAUGUCCAUCUGGUGUUAAGGCCAAUUAGGUAAUCCCGCGUAUUGUAAUAAAGUUUGUUUGAUUUCCUUCCGCAAAGCAUUUAAUGUGUGUACGUAUAGGUUAAGGAAGCAUCUAAACAUAAUGUUGUGAUCGAUCUAUCGACGAAAUACUGCAAUACACCAAUUCUAUUACUAUAAUAAACAUGUAUAUGUCCGUAUUGCGCUUCUCGCUGUAAGUCUCGUUUAAGUGCAUGAAGGCAUGUUUUUAAAGAAAUCGGAAGUGCUAUAAUCUAUAAUAAUCAAAUAUUUAAAAUAAUUAAGUUAUAAUUUUCCAAUAUUGUGGAAGAUGUAUAAUAUUUUUUACUAAUAAAUUUAAUAUUGU